AUGCUGCCCAAUUCUGCACCUACUACCGACACGAACGCUACCAUCCCAGCCAUGUCUUCUGGUCUGAAGUCCGUGGCCUACUUCGUCAAUUGGGCGAUUUAUGGCCGCAACUACAAUCCUCAGGACAUCCCGGCCGACAAGCUGACUCAUGUCCUAUACGCAUUUGCUAACGUUCGUCCGGACACUGGUGAAGUUUAUCUGUCCGACACCUGGUCGGACAUUGAGAAGCACUACCCCACAGACUCCUGGAAUGACGUCGGUACCAAUGUCUAUGGCUGUGUUAAGCAGUUGUUUUUGCUCAAGCAGCAAAAUAGGAAGUUGAAGGUCUUGCUCUCUAUUGGCGGUUGGACCUACUCUCCCAAUUUCGCUCAGGCCGCUAGCACUGAUGCUGGCCGCACUAAGUUUGCUGAGACUGCAACUAAACUGGUCACUGAUCUUGGAUUCGAUGGCAUCGAUAUCGAUUGGGAGUACCCCAAAGAUGAUACAGAAGCGCAAAAUAUGGUCCUUCUGCUUCAGAAGUGCCGUGAGACUCUGGAUGCGACUGCUGGUGCGAACAGGAAGUUCCUUCUCACUAUCGCUUGUCCAGCUGGUCCUGCUAAUUACACCAAGCUCAAGCUGUCUCAGAUGACGCCAUACCUGGACUUCUACAACUUGAUGGCCUACGACUAUGCUGGAAGUUGGGACACUGUUGCUGGUCAUCAAGCCAACUUGUAUCCCUCGGCUGACAAGCCAGCGUCGACGCCAUUCUCAACCAAUGAGGCAGUGAAUUACUACAUCCAGAAGGGUGGGGUCCCCUCGUCCAAGAUAAUCCUGGGAAUGCCGCUGUAUGGGCGUGCCUUUACCAACACUGAUGGACCCGGGACCGCAUUCUCGGGGGUCGGACAGGGAAGCUGGGAGCAAGGUGUCUGGGACUACAAAGCGCUGCCCAGAACAGGAGCCACUGAACAUGUCGAUGCCAGCCUGGGUGCAUCCUGGAGUUAUGAUCCCACGGCACGCACUAUGGUUUCCUACGACACUGUGGCUGUGGGCGAGAUGAAGUUGGACUAUAUCACCAAGCUUCAGCUCGGCGGUGGCAUGUGGUGGGAAACCAGCGGCGACAAAGGAGGAAAGACGGCCAACAAAGCUGACGGCAGUCUGAUUGGAACCUUCGUGGAAGGGAUUGGAGGCGUGUCAGCCCUCGACCAAUCGCAGAAUGUGCUUUCCUACCCUGAGAGCAAGUACGACAACCUGAGGAACGCAUUUCAGUAG